AUGCCACAACCGACUAAAGCUCUUUCCCGAAAGCCAAGUCGUGUCUCUCUGCGCAUUGAAUCCGAGAGAAAAAUCUCGAGCAACAGUUCAAUCUCCCCAAUUGUUCAAGUAACAAUCACUGUGAUUGAUGAGGAAAAAACGGAAUCUAAAAUGAGUGAAAUAACCGGGGAAAUGAUUGAAUCGAAAUCCUCGAACAAAUCCGAGAUCUUCAAUCCUUUAUUGUCCAUAAAGAAGUUUUUCCGAUUUCUAUUGCAUGAGAUUCUCGGGGAGAACUUUAAAAUCACCGAUUUGCUACAGAAAAUCGUCGCCUUUGCACGAGCACAAGCUUACGUUUUGACGCUUUUCAUUAUGAUGGCUUGGUCUCUCACUUUUCAUUCUUGGUUGACAUUUGCUCUCUUAGCUGCCUCGUGUGUCGUCUGGAUGAGCCCAAAUCCGCAACAGUUUUGUUUCAAGGUGGCUCCGAUCGUCGCUUUAUACGCCACAUUUCUUCUUGGUCUUCAAUUUGUGUACAGUCUAAAUUUGACUCAAAAAGAGCUACCCGACGAGAAUCCACCGUAUCUUCGACAAUUUGGCAUGGAGAAACCGCGAGAUCGUGCUCCAUUUGCGGAUCUUUGCUUAAAAUGUCUCUUCACUUCAAUCAUUUUCCUUUCAAUUAAACAGAAAAUCGUGGAAUUGAAGAAAAAGAGUAAAGAAGAUGAAAUGAUGCUUGAAUCGGGUGAAAGAAAAGCACUCCUCGAGAGUCAACAAGAGGAAAAAGGAAAGGAAAAAGUGAAAAAGUCAACAAUGAUCGAGAAGAUCCGCAAAUUCUUGGCCGAUCACUGGGUGUUGUUCACAAUGUUUCUCAUUCUCCUAAUCUCGUUACAAGCUCCCGUUGUCCUCUAUCGACUACUCUACAUGGCUUUCUUUCAAACGUUUCUAGUGCUAUUUCAGAUCUCAUUCCCGACGUGGCGCCGUGGUUUAUACGCUUUCUGGAUGUCAAUGAUCAUCUAUUGCAUGGCCGUCGUCACCCUCAUUUACACUUUUCAAUUUCACGGAGUACCAGACUUUUAUGCGAGAUAUUUGUCGAAUGAUGUAAUUCAUUCCUUCGGUCUUGAGCGAAUCUCAUCGGGACAAUUGUUGAUUAAACUCUUAACACCGAUCUCUUUUCUCAUUUUCUCAUUGAUUCAAGUGAAUUUCUUUCACGAGCGUUUGAUGAGCAGAACUGAGAAAUGGGAACAAAUCAUUUUUGAUAAAAAACCGCAAUUAUCUCGAAUUUUUGCUGAAUUACAUGCACAAAGCGAGAUGCGGAUGGACUUUUUCCGACAACACUUCGCUAUGGUUCAAUCGCUGAUGAAACGAGAACAAGAAGAAGAGGAGGCUAAAGCCAAGGUGAUGGCACAAGAAGGAGAACACAAAGAACAUCAAGAUAUGAAAACAAAAGUGAAAGUGUAUUUGAAUAAGAUUGAGAAGAAAGUUGAGAGAAUGGUCAACAAAAGGAAUCAGUACGCAGAAAUUCUAUGGAGAAUUAUCGAAAUGCAUGUGGAGAGAGCGAUCUGCGGACUGAUGAUGUAUGUGGCGAUCACUGAAAUCUCCGCCACUAAUUUGCCAAUGGUUUUCUUCAUUUCUUUGGUUUUCUCAAAAGAACACCUUUUCAACACAUUGUCACCAUUUUUGGCUGUCUGGACAUCGGCUCUUGUGAUGUGCAAAAUGUUUUAUCAAAUGGAUGCUUUUAAAGAGGAAUUUUUUGAAGUAUCUUGUGAUAGUGAAUACGUCAAUGGCACAUAUAAUUCGAUGGCGUGGAGUGGAUUGAAUAAAACGCCGAGAUUAGCCUCAUUGCUUUGGCCCUACAUCCUUCUAUCAGUGGCCUUUGCUGCGAGAACGGUGAUCUGGCUUCGAAUGACGAUGCAUAGGAAGAACAAAAAGGAAGCUCCACCCCUUCACGGGAUCAUUUUUUCGAAGAUAAAUCGAAGAAAAGCUGACAAAUCGUUGGCGAAAUGUUUGCAAUAUUUGGCCAACUAUUUCUUCUACAAGUUUGGAUUUGAGGUGUGUUGUGUCCUUUCGGUGAUCACUAUCGGACUUCGUUGCGAUCUUUAUGCUGUUUUCUAUGCCUCCUUUUUGAUUGUAUGUCUUUGCAUUGAGCGGCAACAAGUUGCUCGAAUCUGGCCUCAUUAUCGCACAACAUUGGCCGUUCUUCUCUCAAUUCAAUACAUCUUUUGCGUCGGAAUCCCGAAAGUUUUCUGUUUAGAG